CAGGCACAGUGGCGGAGUGGUCUAACGCGACAGACUUGAAUCUCAGGUAUCUGUUCCUCUAUGAGGGCGCAUGUUCGAACCAUGCCUGUGUCGGAGGAGAUGUACAGGAAACUUUUGCACCUUCGCCUGUUGUUCGCGAUGAUUACCCGGUCCCAAUACAUGCUAAUAUAGGGAUAACCUCUUUGCUAAGAACUGUUCUCCAUGCUGCGGAGCAGGGAACAUGUUGCAUAGUGUAAUCUUCAAUGUAUGUCCCACAGUUUACGAAAUACAUGUUUCGCACGACUUUCGAGCGGUAGAUCAGUCCUUAUUGUCUACACCCGCACCACACAUGUAUACAUUUUAACGAUAUUUGAAACUGUUCAAUUCCCCGUCGGAAGAGCUCUCACAGCAUAAAACUAAAAAAUCCAGCUAUGAGACAGUAGCAUUGCCAGCAAGAGAGACCGGCGACACCACUUCCAUAUACACCACCGUCAAGGGCACAUUCCUUUGCCUAACUCUCGUCUCAACAAAACGCAAGCAGGUAGCGACAGCCACGUCGUCGACGGGCUCCGGCGCACGCAGCUCCAACGUGCGCAGACUCGGCAGAGCCGACACCCACGGCACGAUGGCGCGGACAGCGGAGAUGGCAUGUGCAUGGACGACGAGGGUGUGGAUGCACGUCGUGUGCGCAGCGAGCUCGAGAAGGUCAGCCGGGAUGUCUGCCGUGCGCGCACUCGCGAGUGUGAUCCAGAGGUCCAGGGACAGAUGCGUCUCAGGCCGCAGUUGCGCAAGGGUACUGAGAACCGGUCGAGACAUUGCCGAAUCUUCGGUGAACAGCGGGCGCUGGAGGGUCACCGAGAUUGAUUUCGGUGACGGGCCGAUGGAGAUGAGCCCAAAUAGGAGUGGGAGCAUGGCGGAGUCGGCGACCGUAAUCGUGGAGAGAUGCGGGAGCGACAGCGGCUGUAUGUCCGGAGCCAGUGGACUGCCCGAGAGGGAUGAAAGCAAACGCAAGCAUAUGAGACUGCGAUGAUUGGCCAGAAACGCAGCCAAUACGUCCAAUGGCAGGGGCAGCUCGACAGACAGCGUCUCCAGCACCGGCAGGCAGAUACGCGGGAGGAUCUCACGGUAGACCUCCAAGUCAGAAUCCGCACCAAUCGUAAACCGCUUCAGGUCAGGCUCGAAAUUGACCUCCACCGCGGUUGACGAGAUCCAACGCAGCUGGAAAGCCUCGAGAUGCGUCACAGUAGCCACCCUCCGAUCGUCCAGCCGCACAGAAAGCAGGGCGGACUUGUCGGAAGUGUUUCCCCCCCUCGAUGUCAGACGCUUGAGUAUCGACCACUUCCUCCGCGGCGGCGGAGCGUAAUACGUCCACCCAUCGUUCGGGAGACGCUCGUACCGCACGCCCCAUGUGUGCAGACACGUCGAGUGCACGGGAUACAGCUCACCACGCAGCAGAACACCCAUCGCGUCCAGCUGCCCAGCACCGACCCUCCCCUGGGAACAGAACGCCUGGACGAUCCCGCACACGAGCUUGACCAGCGCCUCCGCGUGCGAGAGACGCAGGACGUUCGAGCGGAAGGAAACUUUCAGCUCCGUCAUGUGUGUGCGCCGCAGCAGGUCGAGGAGGUCUGCGAGGUCGCGGUGCACGGCGAAAAUCCAGAACUGCACCGUCAGGCUUGGGAUCGCCGCAGGAAUGCAGCACGCGAGGCGCACGACACGGAGCUGGUGUGCGAACAGAACGAGCGGGGUGGGGGUGGGGCAUGCCGAGGAAGAGGAGGCGAGGGAGAUGUUGCUGCGUUGCAGGUGUUUCUCGAUGCAGAUCGUGUUCCAUGCUUUGCAGACUCGUGCCCCGAUCAGGAGCUCUUGGUCGGGGAGCUGGCGGAGGAUGAUGUCCCAGAGUUCGAAGGGUAGGUACAUGGUGGGGGGUCGCAUGAGUGAAGGCGGAGAGCGAGGCGGAGGUCGUGCCAGUGCAUGACGCUGUCAGAGUGGCAGGGAUGGGCGGCGGUGUAAGGCAGACGGGCACCU